CUCGGGGGCAAGUGCCGUUCUUCGACAAAAUUUUGAUACCAGAGGAGGGGAAGGAACAGGAGAUGACAUAUUCCAAUCAAAAGCUUGUAGAUAUCUCUGACUCACCUGACGGUGACUGACGUGCUUCCCUGGAUCGGUGAAGCAUGUGCUCGUAAAAUAUCGGGCGCUAUCGCCCACACUUGAAGCCUGGCAUUUCAAUCUCACCGAUACCCCAGGAUGGCUCGGCCACACUUAACUCUUUCCAAUCUCACCCAGUGAUACUCAACUCUUUAAUCUCACUCAGUGAUACUUAUCUCUUUCCAGUUUCAUUAUCUCGAUAUACGCACAAUAAACGCAAGAAAUGACAGAAUUGAAGCAUAUCACUAUCGGAGUAUUGGCUCUUCAAGGUGCCUUUGUCGAACAUAUCCGCCACCUUGCGAACGCAAUCAAGAAUGGCCAGUAUGAAGAAUACCACUUCUCUUUCCCUCAGGUGAAAACGCCUGAAGAAUUGGCUACAUGUGAUGCCCUUAUCAUCCCAGGCGGAGAAAGCACUGCGAUGUCGCUAAUUGCAGAGAGGACAGGGAUGUUAUCCCCGUUAAUGGACUUCAUUAACCUUGAGAAGCCAGUCUGGGGCACCUGCGCUGGCUUGAUCUUUUUGGCCAAGCAGUGCGUGAACGGGAAGGAGGGCCAGCAUUUCCUUGGAGGUAUGGACAUUGAGGUUACCAGAAACGCGUUCGGCAGACAGAUGGAUUCGUUUAUCGCUGACUUGGACUUUUCAGACUUUAUUGACGGCGUGAAUAUGUUUCCAACUACCUUCAUCAGAGCACCUGUUGUCAGUAAGCUUUUAGACCCACCCGGUGCCAUCCACAAAAGGGAUACCGAGGCCAGUAUUAUUUACUCUAAAAACACGUAUUGCAAUCCCCACAAGGUGCAAGUGUUAAAGCUGCUCGAGGAUAGAAACGGGUUUAUCGUGGCUGUCAGACAGGGAAACAAAUUGGGGACGUCUUUUCACCCUGAGUUAUCAGCCGAUUCAAGAUUUCACAAAUGGUUUGUGGAUGAGUUUGUGUUGGGGAAAUCCUAUUAGACCAGAUAAUCGCCUAAUAAACAUAGAAAUAUCAUUAACAUGACAUUUAUAUGAGGCCUAUCUUGAUUCUUUGUGGUUCCGAAAUCUGAAUAUAGAACCAGAGGUCCUCGAACAGUGGUAAUCGGACCCACCGGGUUUCUACGAUCAGUGCAGAGAGUUUUUGGAUGGUAUUUGGGUGUAACAGUAUACUAUUUAAACCUGUACCAGACUGGUUGUCAGUAUCUGAUACUGUAUAAUAUCGGACCACCACGUUACCCGUAGCCUCCUGAAUGUUUUUGCGCUUAAAUUUUGAGCUUUGCGCGAUUCAAUGCCGAAAUGACCAUUUCACCGGGGAUUUCCGAGCAUGUAAAGUUUUUACAAAAGUACAUGAGCCGCACGAAGCUCAUCGGUUGACCCCAGAUUUGGAAGCAUAUUUUACUCUCUGGUUCCAAAUAUUGUUAAC